AUGGAGAGCGUUGAUCUGGUGGUGGUUGGCGCAGGCUGGAGUGGGCUGGCCGCCGUCAAGACCUACCAUGAAGUCAAUCCAGCUACACGCGUGCUGCUCCUGGAAGCUGGCAGCUCCGUCGGGGGCGUGUGGGCCAAAGAUCGGCUGUACAAGGGCCUCAAAUCCAACAACAUGCUGGGCACCUACGAGUUCAGCGACUUCCCCGUGGACGAGGCGACUUUCGGAGUCCACCCAGGGCAACACAUGCCCGGCGAAGUCAUCCAGCGCUACAUGGAGGCAUACACUCGACACUUUGGCUUCGCCGGGUGCAUUCGACUCAACCACCGCGUCGAGAGCGCCCGACACAAUCUCAAUGGCACCUGGCAACUGAGUGUAUUGCACGAUAAUGAAAGGUUCAACAUCGAGGCGAAGCAAAUGAUCGUCGCCACCGGAAUCACCUCCCAGCCAUACCUGCCCACCUUCGAGGGCCAGGAGAAUUUCGGUACGCCACUUUUUCACUGCCGUGACCUGCUGCAACAUGAGGCAGAAGUUCUCGAGCCGGGUCAGCGUGCGACGAUAUUUGGCGGGACCAAGUCGGCGUGGGAUGCAGUGUACGCGUGUGCGACAACAGGGAUGCAAGUAGACUGGGUCAUCCGUGAGUCGGGCCAUGGACCAUGCUGGAUGGCACCGCCAUAUGUGACGCCGUUGAAGAAAUGGCUGGAGAAGCUGGUCACCACUCGAUUCUUGACCUGGUUCAGCCCAUGCAUUUGGGGCAACGCCGACGGGUUCACGCGAGUGCGCAGCUUCCUGCAUGGGACCUGGCUGGGCCGCAAGAUCGUGGAUUCGUUCUGGUCGGUGCUGGCCGACGAUGUCAUUCAGCUGAACGGCUACGACAAGCACCCGGAGAUGAAAAAGCUGAAGCCAUGGGUGAGUCCCUUUUGGAUCGCCUCGUCGCUCAGCAUCCUCAACUAUCCCACCGAUUUCUUUGAUCUGAUCAAGAACGGCACCGUCAAAGUCCACGUCGCAGACAUCGACCGUCUUUCGGGCCACGCAGUCCACCUGUCGACGGGGGAAACCCUCCCAACCUCGGCGCUGAUCUGCGCGACAGGCUGGCGAUCCACUCCCAACUUGCAGUUCCUGCCGGAGGGCAUUGACCGUGAUCUGGGACUCCCGUGGAGCACAGACCCGCUGGAUGACAAGCUGGUCAAAGCCGCCGACGAGGAAAUUCUCCGUCGGUUCCCUCGGCUGCGCGAUCAACCACGCCCCAACCCACAGUUUCGCCCACUGAAUAACCAGUCGGAGGCAGCCGUACCGCAUCCAUUCCGGCUGGCGCGGUUCAUGGUGCCGCUGUCCCUGUUGCGCGAACGCUCCCUGGCGUUCAUGGGCAUCACCAUGACCAUCAACACCACCCUGGUUGCCCAAACCCAAGCACUCUGGAUUGCAGCCUAUCUCGGAGGUCAGCUUACCCCGACCGCCGUCGAGAAUUGCCCUUCCGCUGUGCGAACAGCCUCGGACGCCAAGAUGGACGACAACGGCCAACUUGAUCUCGCCUGGGAGACCGCGCUACACUCCGAGUUUGGGCGGUACCGCUACCCGGCAGGGUUUGGGCGGCGUAACCCGGACUUUGUCUUUGACGCCAUCCCCUACAUUGACUUGAUGCUACGCGAUCUGGGGCUGUCGCCAGAGCGAAAGAAGGGCCUCUUGGCGCAGUGCUUCCACCCGUACGGUGUUGAGGAUUACCGGGGGUUGGUUGACGAGUGGAAAACGAAGCAGCCGGCUCACAUGUAA